AUGUCUAGUCGAGCAACGUCUCACGAGCUUACUUUCGAAGUGUGCUUGAAACAAAAGCACAUCUUUUGCACAUUGAAAGAGGACUGUACUGUGCUCGGGCUGAAGAAGCAUGUUUCAAAGAUUCUCAAGAUUCCCAUUGCGGAGUUCAUCUUGAUGUCCCAAAGUGAGAACAAUCAAUGGGUGCAUUUGGAAGAUAAGAAAAAGCUUUACUCUUGCGGAUUCACUCCAGCCAAUGCAAAGGUUCAAUACCCAGCCACAAUCGGAGUGGGACGAGUGGGCGACACAGUGCCCGACAUCACCCCGCUCAGCAAGCCUCCACCUGUGCCCGAGAGCAUGAGACAUGAUCAUCAACAGGAU